GGACCAUCCAUCAGUGACAGAACACACGCAGGACGGCAGCAAGGAGUCGGGAGUCGUUCGAUGACACCACGAAUAAUGGCGGAAGGAUGGACUAAUAACGUUUUUCUCCCCAUUCAACCGACCACUGAUUCUUUACAGAGCGUCAGGAACACAGUAACGGAGAGGCAGGUGCUCAAACGAAUAGAUGACCUACAUUGUGAACAAAUGGAGCGAAUUAAAAACGUCCCCAAUCCGUUGGGCGCUGUCAAUGUAAUGUCUCGGGUUCUAAGGUUGCACAGACGCAGAGUUACACGGGGCCCAAAAUUGUUUGCACAAGCUCCAACAGCCAGGCUUUCCACCCGUCGCUUUGACCUACUCCCCACUCGGAAGGGUAAAGCUGAACUGAAAACGCAGCUUGAAAAACAACGUGACUCGGAAAAACAGGUGCGUGUAGAUUUUGCUGAAACAUUGGAGUUUUGCAAGGGCCUGAUCACACAGAAGAGUAAGCUAAUUACUCAGCAGGACCAUCUCCUUCGAGCGCUGGGCAGAACAAUGGAGAUCAACAAAAACCUUUCUUGGGACCUGGAUAUGAAGACAAUUGAGCAUGAACAGGCUAAGAAAGCACAUGAGGAAGACAAGAGGAAUAUGAAAGACAAGGUGAAGGAAAUGUUUCACCCAGUCUUGAGAGCAUUUACAGCUCAGAAGAAUGAACUGAAUGCGCUCAGACAGGAGAUAUCAAGACCGGCGAAGGGAUUACCUGCAGACAAAAAUGGCAAGGAGCUGGAGUGCAGCGUCUGCAUGGACAGAAAGUCCUCUAUAGUCUUUGUCCCGUGUGGUCAUCUCAGCACAUGUGAGCACUGUGCACAGGCUGUGUACUCGUGUCCAAUCUGCUGUGGCUUCAUUGCACAAAAAGUGAAAACCUACAUCAGCUAAGGUCUUGAUCUUAUUUUUUAAAUGUGUAAUAUUAAAAUAUGACUUUUGUUUUAAAGUGUCGACUAGUUCCUGGCGGUUACUUUUUGUAGUACAAUAAGACUUGACGUACAACAUAGCACGAUCGAAAAUAGCUUGUGUAUAGUACAAGGAUUUUGUCUUUUUGAAGAGGUUAUGGUGGGAUGUUCUUUUACAUAUCGACUAUUAUUUCAAGAAGUAAUCUGUGUAGUUCAAAUGUUGUCAUUUUUGUAAAAAGUAGAUACUAUUUUAAUACAGCAGUUACAGAAAGAAAGGGAUUCCCAAUAGCCUCAUUCCUGGGUGGAUUUUGCCUAAGAGAAUGAGAAUCAGAAUCAGAAGUACUUUAUUAAUCCCCAAAGGGAAAUUAAGAUUUUCUGCACAAUCCCAUUCAAGAUCAGACAAACAUUACAGGGAGACAGAACAGGAUUGAUGACGAGUCUGCCAACUUCCUGCGCCCCUUACAAAAAAGUGAGAAACAGGUAAACGCUUG